AUUUUUGUGGAAGCCACAAGGGGGCGCCUGAGACAAGCGUACGAAGGCUGGUUUGAUUUCGCUCAAGACUCAUAAACUGCCUCCCUCUCUCUCUCGCUGCACCUGUUAUGUUCACAAUCUGGCCCCUGCCUGACAAUUACUUUGAAUUCCAGAGGACCAGAGACCUAGGAUGAGGAGCGUUGGAUUCCCCCACAACCUGCUUUUCACGUUUUCACUUUUUUUUGCGUGGACUGCGGCCAGCCUUGACUUGGGACACAACCCUUGCACCACGCUGGUCCAGGGGAAAUUUUUUGGUUAUUUUUCUUCCUUGUCCGUCUUUCCCUUGAACUCUUCCGUGUGUUCGUGGAUUAUCCAGAAUCCCGACCCCAGGAGAUACACUUUGUACAUGAAGGUCUCUAAACCCUCCGGCAUAUGCGACCAUCAACAAAUUCGAACCUCGCAGUUUGACUCCUUUCUGGAGUCCACUCGGACGUACUUGGGUAUGGAAAGUUUCGACGACGUCUUGAAACUGUGUGAUAGUUCCGUCCAAUAUGCCUUUCUGCAGUCCAACAAGCAGUUCCUCCAGAUGAAACAGACCCUUCCGAUUUGGGAAGGCGCCCAGUUGCAGCCGGUCAAGCCUAUGGAGACGGAUUUCUCUUUGGAAUACCUCGUCUUGGGUAAUCGCAACCCCAGCAAAGCCGCCUGCCAGAUGCUCUGUAGAUGGUUGGAUACCUGUCUCACCACCAGUAGCAGCGCGCACCCCUGCGGCAUCAUGCAGACUCCUUGUUCUUGCAACGACGGGGAGGUCCAGAGUCAGGCUCACCCAAGCGAAAUUACAGGGUUAAACAAGAAGAAGGACGAUUGCUUCAAAGACGGGAUAUAUCUAGAAAACUGCAUGAGCAGCUCCAGAGAUGCGGGAGAGUUUCAGGGCGGUUGGACCUCAUGGACAACGUGGGGAGAUUGCAACAGGGACUGCGGGGGUGGGCUGCAAACCAGAACCAGGACGUGCCAACUGCUACCCGAGGAAGGUCACCUAUGCGAAGGAGUCCUGGAAGAAGGACGUCUUUGUAACAGGAAGGCUUGCAGCGCCGGCGGAAGGUACGACUCCAGGAGUCAAUCGCUGAGAUCCAUCGAUAACAAGAAAAGAGACGACGCGGACGAUCAGUAUCAGUUCGGGCAUCCAGCGCCGCAAAUUGGUAAGACGCUAAAAAAAUGGGCCAAACUUAUUUCUAAUCAGGAACCCGGGUCGGGGAGGGAUUAUCGAAUUUCAGUAGCAGAGGAGCUUUAGAGAAAUGGGUCACAAAUAAGGAUUUUUUUUUUACAGCCAAAAGAAGUGU